GUGGCACGGCUAGCACUCAUCACCGGCGGCACGCGCGGCAUUGGCGCCGCCGUCGCGCGCGCGCUGAAGGACGCCGGCCACCCGGUGGUGGUCAACUACCAUGCCGACGAGGCGUGCGCUGCCGCCUUCACUGCGGAAUCGGGCAUCCCUGCGCUCAAAUGGGACGUGAGCAACGGCGACGCCUGCCGGGCGGGGUCGAGGCCAUCGAGGCCGAGCACGGCCCGGUGGAGGUCCUCGUCAACAAUGCCGGGCACGGUCUCCGACAACAAGUUCGAGAACAUGACCGACGACCAGUGGCAACGGGUGGUGCGGGUCAACCUCGAUUCCGUCUUCUACAUGUCGAAGGCGGUCUAUCCCGGCAUGAUGGGGCGGGGCUGGGGCCGCAUCAUCCAGAUCGGCUCGAUGAACGGCCAGGCCGGCCAGCUCAACCAGGUCAACUACGUCGCCGCCAAGGCGGGCAUGCACGGCUUCACCAAGGCGCUGGCGCAGGAAGGGGCCAAGUACGGGAUCACGGUCAACACCGUGGCGCCCGGCUACGUCGACACCUACCUGAUGCGCAACAUGCCCGAGAAAAUCGUGCAGAAGAUCGUCGACAAGUCCCCGAUCCGCCGCAUGGGGUAUGAGGAGGAGGUGGCCCACGCCGUGCUCUUUCUCAUCGACGACAAGGCGGCGUGGACCACCGGCUCCACGAUCACAAUGAACGGCGGCACCCAUAUGUACUAG